GAAUCGCGCUUUUUACUCAUAAAUAAAUAACAAAAAUUAAAGCAUCUUUUUUGUUGCAGGAAAAAAAAUGUCUUCCAAUUGUGAUCAACAACAACAACAACAACAUGAUAGAGGUGAUGAACAUCAAAAUGGUCAUCAAAAAACACGUGUCGAAGUUCGUAAUGAAGCAUUAGAAUUGAAUCGAAAACGUAAUCAAUUAGAAAAUGAAAUCAAAGAUUUUAUGGCCAUUUUACAAUCGCAAGGUGUUGGUAUGACCGAAUCAUUAGUCGACAGUGAAGGUUUUCCCCGAAAUGAUAUCGAUAUUAAUCUGAUUCGAACGGCUCGAAAUCGUAUUAUUUGUUUGCAAAAUGAUCUUCGUGCAUUGAUGAGCCAGAUUGAAGAUCGAUUAACGGAUUAUUUUGUUGCACCAACUAACAAUGAAUGAAUAAAUGAAAAAACACCAUAUUUUCCCAUUUGUUGUAAACAAAUUUUGUUAUGAUUUUUUUUAAUAUUAAACAAUUGCUCGAAA